AGAAAUAUCAUUUUUACAAACAGAUAUCGAUAUAUGUUUUUUUCGUCUUAGCGGUUCGUUUAAUUUCUUCUUCCUUUCUGCCCAAAAAAUGGAGUAAAACAGACAAACUUUUCUUAAAUUGCGUGACAUUUUCGCUGAUCAGCGUCUUUUUGCGACACCAAUACCAACACGCGCAAAGGAAUUUUACCGUUUGAAAGCUACAUAUUUGCAAAGUCGGCAAUUUUCACGUGCUUGCAUUUUUCUCGAAUAAAAAAUAAAACGCUGAGCCAUGUCGGAACUCGAUUGGGAUGAUCCAAAUUACGUGGAGCCGCCGCCAGCCCAGGCCUACUCGACGAUGAACGAGAAAUACGAGCGCAGCAUCGGAGGCGACAGAAAACGUGAAAGCUACGGAAGCCGCGAAAACCGUGACGAUUACGGCGGAAGAAGACGCGACAACCGAAACGAUUACGGUGGAGGAAGACGCGAGAACCGAGAUGAGUACGGCGGAGGAAGACGUGACAACCGGGAUGAUUACAAAGAGGGACGACGGGAUAGCUACGGCGGCGGAGGACGCCCCGAUCGCAAUGGUGGAAAGUCCUGCGAUUCUGUGAGCGUUUCCUCGAAUAUGAUGGGAAAGGUAAUUGGUAAGGGCGGAUCGACCAUAAACCGUAUCCAGGACGACUUCAACGUUCGCGUUGAUGUGGACAAAAGUGAGGAGCUCGUCAAGAUCUCGGGCAACGACCAGAAGGACGUCAGCGAAGCCAUAGAAUACGUACGCAAGUUGACCAGCUUCGACGCAUUCAGCGGACGCGAUCGGGACAAUAACUACGGCGGAAACAGAGGAGGAGGCGGCAGGAGCAGCUAUGAUACACCCAAGAGCAACUACAACUUUAAUCCGGCACCGCCGAGGAAUGAUGAUGGUCAUGGUGAUCUUACGGGCACUAUCGAUUGGGCUGCUAUAAACAAGGCGUCGGAAGCUGCUUCAGCGGCUCGCUGGGCCAAGUUGCCGGCACUGACGAAGAACUUCUACAAGGAGGCUCCAGAGGUAGCGAAUCUUUCGGAAUCGGAGAUCAAGCUCAUUCGCGCAGAAAACAAUAACAUCACUGUGGCGUACGUGUUCGAACCAAAGGAGGGAGAAACUGUGCCUCCCAUUCCCAAUCCAGUGUGGACUUUCGAUCAAUGCUUUGCCGAAUAUCCCGAUCUGCUGGGGGAGAUCCGGAAACAGGGCUUUGAGAAGCCAUCGCCCAUCCAGUCGCAGGCAUGGCCCAUUCUUCUCGGGGGUCACGAUAUGAUCGGCAUAGCCCAAACGGGCACUGGCAAGACGCUGGCCUUCUUGCUCCCGGGAAUGAUUCACACCGAAUACCAGAGCAUUCCAAGGGGUUCGAGGGGUGGAGCCAAUGUCUUGGUGUUGGCACCCACACGCGAGCUGGCUCUACAGAUCGAGAUGGAGGUGAAGAAGUACUCUUUCCGCAACAUGAAAGCGGUUUGUGUGUAUGGCGGUGGCGAUCGUCGCCUGCAGAUCUCAGAAGUUGAGCGCGGCGCCGAGAUCAUCAUCUGCACCCCGGGACGCCUCAAUGAUCUGGUGCAGGCCAACGUGAUCGAUGUAAGCAGCAUCACAUAUUUGGUGCUCGACGAGGCGGACCGCAUGCUGGACAUGGGCUUCGAGCCGCAGAUCCGCAAGGUGAUGCUGGACAUUCGUCCCGAUCGCCAGACCAUCAUGACGUCGGCUACCUGGCCGCCGGGAGUGCGCCGCAUGGCCCAAAGCUACAUGAGAAAUCCCAUCCAGGUGUGUGUGGGGUCACUGGAUUUGGCGGCCACGCACUCGGUGAAGCAGGUUAUCCAACUCUUGGAGAACGACAUGGACAAGUUCAAUACAAUCAAAUCUUUCGUCCGGCAAAUGACAAAGACUGACAAAAUCAUAAUAUUCUGUGGGCGCAAGGCCCGUGCCGACGAUUUGUCUAGUGAUUUGACGCUGGAUGGAUUCAUGACGCAGUGCAUUCACGGCAAUCGAGAUCAGAGCGAUCGGGAGCAGGCCAUAGCCGAUAUCAAGUCGGGUGCCGUGCACAUCCUGGUGGCCACAGAUGUGGCUUCGCGUGGCCUGGACAUCGAGGACAUCACUCAUGUCAUCAACUACGACUUUCCGCGCAACAUCGAGGAGUAUGUCCACCGUGUUGGACGCACAGGCCGCGCUGGCAGGACAGGCACCUCCAUAAGCUUCAUCACCCGCGAGGACUGGGCCAUGGCCAAGGAGCUGAUUGAAAUCCUUGAAGAGGCUAAUCAAGAGGUGCCCGACGAGUUGCACAACAUGGCCAGACGUUUCAAGGCCAUGAAGGAGAAACGGGCUGCCGAAGGCGGCGGAAGCUUUGGAGGUAGAGGGGGCGGCCGCGGCUAUGGCGGCGGCGGUGGAGGACGCGGUGGGGGUGGAGGCCGCAAUUUUGAUCGAUUCGAUUUCUAAUUGCAUCUAACGAUACAUUUUUGUAGUUUUAAGAGACCACAGCGCAUUGGAGUGCCUUGAAAUUUUGUUAAUCAAACAUGUUGCUACCUGAAAGGUAGAGGAUCUUGGGAUGUUCUGGAAUAACUAUAGACCUUUAGCGAUUUUUAGUUUAAAAUGGAAUUAAUAUUAUUGUUUCUUAACUGAAAAAUAAGAAUCAAACUACAAAAA